AUGACGGCGGAUUUGGAAGAGUACCUGNGUAGGAAUGGAUGGGGAGGGGUAAAGGUGAANGGGAGGAAGAUAUANUNUUUGGCGUACGCNGAUGACGUGGUGCUGUUGGCGGAGNAGGAAGAUGGAAUGAGGGGAAUGUUGAGAGGAGUGGAGAAGUAUUUAAGAAAGAAGGGUCUGGAGUUNAAUGUGAAGAAAUCGAAGAGAAAUGGAGGGAGGGAGGCGCAGGUAAAGGAAAGAGUGAGGAAGGGAGCGGCAAUUAUGGGACAGGUGUGGGGGAUUGGAAAGAGGAGGUUUGGCGGUGAUUGGAGUAGAAAGAUAUGGCUAUUCGACGCGUUGGUAUGGCCGGUAGUGGGAUAUGGAGUGGAG